AUGGCCGAAGCUGAGCCCGAUGGCGACGGAAGACGCGAAGUCGGGGACGACGCGGUCUGGUCCCUGUCGUCCGCCAAGCCUGGCAACGGCGUCGACCAGCUACGAGACAACAAGAUGGACACGUACUGGCAGUCAGACGGCGUGCAGCCGCACUUGAUCAACAUUCAGUUCUCCCGCAAGACAGCGAUCAAGGAGCUGGUGAUGUAUCUGGACUACAAACUGGACGAGAGCUAUACGCCCAAGAAAAUUGCGAUCCGCAGUGGCAACACAGUGCAAGACCUCAAGGAGAUCCACGUCCAGCAUCUUGCCGAGCCCGAUGGGUGGAUUUCGAUGCCGCUUUACACAGCCGGAAGCUCCGAGCAGGCCCCGUUGCGCACGUUCUUCUUGCAGAUCGCAAUCCUUGCAAUGCACCAGAAUGGACGCGACACGCACAUCCGACAAGUUAAGAUCUACACACCACGCGAAGCGAGUGUGAUGGACUGGACUGCCUUGGAGGCCACGACGCCACAGUUUGCAGCAUACUCGUGCAUCCGCUAG